AUGGCUCUUCGCAAUGUCGAAGAAGCUGGAGUCCGUUGCAAGAGAGUUGAUGAUGUGAUCGCGGAGGAAGAUGUCAGCGAUAGAGUAACUCCAAUCGCCCACGACUCCAGGAAACACGAUGUGCAUUGCGAGGAUCCCAAUCCGGGCUUGGCGCACCGCCUCGGUGGCGGCGAAGACUCGGACGACGGCGGCGGCGGCGAGCAUCAUCACCACCACGACGAUGACGAUUACUACUCGAGUCGAUCUUCAUCACCACCAGGUCCCUUGAUGCGCAAGAUGAAAAUAUGCAAUGACGACGACGACGAGCCGGAAGAUUUGAGCCGAGGCAACAACAGUAAUGCCACGGGUUUGCAACCGAUCGAACCCGAGAUAAGCCUGCGUCCUUCCGAUGCCCGGUUACCACCUCUGGCUCCGUGGCGUCCCGUCGUUGCGCAACGCAGCAACAAGGACUUUCGCGGCGGCGGCGGUGCUGGACCAAGUGCUGGCGCCAGAAGACCACCACACGCAGCCACCGCCUUAGCGAAGAUGUACGAGUCCAUGAGACGUGGUUCGCAUUACCCGGGUUCUGCGGGUUGGGGCAAGGGACUCGGACGCGCGGGAUCCAUGCCAAAGCCUCGGGGUUGCGCCGCGGAUCUGGGUUCUGGUUGGGGCGGCAUCAACGGGUUCCCGAGCCCUGACCAAAGCGACAUGUUCGGGGGAUGGAACGGGUCAUUAUCGUUUCCCGACGACGACCUGCUUAGCGGCGCCGGGAUGGCGUCUUCUUUGAUCGGCUCCGCGACGGUGCUGUCGCCGCAGACGGAUCCUCCGCCGUUGCUGCUGCCGCCGGGCUUCGACCUGAGCGUGACGUCGAAUUCCUCGCCUGGUGGCGGAGACGUGCCGCCUAAUACGAUCCCAGUCCUGCAUCCGAUGAAGCCGCCGGAUUUGGUGCCUUUGCCUCAGCCGUCUUCGCCGUUCUCGCCUGGCGGCAACCAGACGGACAUCAUGGGCUGCAUGACGCCGUCGCCGUGUGGUCAGGUGUCGUCCACGACGGCGCCGUCGCCGUCGUCGAUGGACGGAUUCGACUUUGCGCCGCAAGUGUCGUCGUCGACAAAGGGCGCGUCGAGCCAAGACAUACGACACGUCCCGUCGCUUCAGGCUCGGAUCGGAAUGCUCCAGCAACGCUGUUCGGAGGAUUUUGACUCGGAAGCUUGGGUACCCAAAGGACUUCAUUUCAAGCUGGGAUUGCCACCGGAUGCACCCAUAGAAUUCGUGAACGGGGGACACGGGAUCAAGAACCCGUUGGUGCCGCACGAAAAGGGCGAAGGAUCCGACAAGUGCGAGCAGUUGCAGUCGCCGCCGCCACAACCGCCGCCUCCAAUGCCGUCCGUGCCUCAAGACCCUCCAGACCCGAAGAACAAGUUUGCCUGCAAACUCUGCUCGAAGUCCUUUUCCCUCCAGAGGCUGUUGAAUCGCCAUAUGAAGUGUCACUCGGACAUUAAGCGGUACCUGUGCACUUUCUGCGGCAAGGGCUUUAACGACACCUUCGACCUCAAGCGCCACACCCGGACGCAUACUGGUGAGUCUACUUUUCUAAUUUUUUAUAAUUAUGAUGCUGUUGCAUUUUUAUUACUUUGGCUUUCGAUUAAACUUCGCUGGACUUCAUUUUUUUUUUCGUGCGAAACUCAGCGUCUUUCUGAUCUCUCAUUCUCGACUUCAUCAGCUUUAUUUCCCCUGUGA